ACCUUCCGAAAAUCUCUUGCUCGAUAUAAACGGGUCAGGCACGAGGUAGCUCUCGAUCAGCUGCAAAACUUUAGCAGAAUACGCACUACGGUUCAAGGAGAAACCGAUUUGAAGGCGGCUAACCCCUGCACGCAUGCCGAUCCCGUUCGAGCUGGGUGAACCUGACCAAAGCUUCUACAACCUGUGGAAGGAAGAGGGCGACGAACUGUGGGAGGAUGAGGUCGACUUGUGGGGGGAAGAUGUUGAGGAGGAACUAUCGCUUCGUCACCCUGGAUUCAACAAGUGGACUAUCCAGCAGGCUGCUUCAGGCGGCGACAAUAUUAGCGCCAGGGGCGAGAACUUUUACUGCGUUGAGGCCCAAGUUCACUUCACAGGAGAACUACUUGACGGUACACAGUUCGUGUCAAGUCAAGAAAAUGGCAUUCCACAGAGGUUUAUACUGGGAGAAGAGGAUGUGAUGCAUGGCUUCAACUUAGCAGUCAGUUCGAUGCAACCAGGGGAGAAAGCUAUAUUCACCAUCCCUCCAGCGUUAACCAUGACAAAACUUGGCUCUCCUGCUAGCAUCCCAUCAAACGUACCUCCCGACCAAACUCUACGGUUUGAGAUUGAGCUCAUUGCUCUGUUUACUAUAACUGAUAUCUUCAAAGAUCAAGGUAUAUUGAAAAAGAUCGUCAAGAAUAAAGAACCAAACAGAGAACAAUCUCACUCGAGUGAUUUUGUAUUUGUGAGAUACCACGCAUGCCUAGAGGACGGAACUUCAGUGUCCAAAUCUGAAGGUGGUGUUGAAUUCAGCCUUACAGAUGGUUUCUUUUGUCCUGGAUUUGUACAUUCAGUGAAGACUAUGGAAGAAGGAGAGGAAGCAGUAUUUAUUGUAAAGCCACAGUAUGCUUUCGGUGACCAAGGAAGGCCUUCUCAAGGAGACGAAGCUGCCGUGCCCCCAAAUGCAACUGUUUAUGUGCACCUCCAAUUUGUGUGUUGGAUAUAUCGAACUGGGCUCGACCAGGCAAUUGCCAAAAGGAUUCUAAGCGUACGGAACUCAUCAGAGAGGAUAUGCACACAAAGCCAAGCGGUCGUAAAAGUGCGGUUGCUCGGCAAACUUCAAGAUGGGACUGUUUUUGAUCGGAGGGGUCACGGUGACGACGAUGAACCAUUCGAGUUCGUGGUCGAUGAAGGCAAGGUUAUCGAUGGGCUAGACGAAGCUGUGAUGACAAUGGAGGAGGGAGAAGUUGCCGAGGUUACCAUUCCAUCGCACCACGCGUUUGGCGAUGUUGGAUCUGAUCAUCAGCAUCAGCUUGCGUCUGUCCCUCCGAAUUCAACUGUCAUCUACGAGAUCGAGCUCCUAUCAGUUUUUAACGAGAAACAUCCGUUGCUCGUUGAGAGCCGUGACGAAGUUGUGCGAUAUGCACAUAAGAAGGAAGAGGAAGGGGACAAUUACUUUAACUUGGGUAAUUAUUUGAGAGCCCACAGGAGAUAUUACAAGGCCAGACUGAUUAUCGAAUAUUCACGCUUCGGAAAAAAGUGGAAAUCGGGACUUAAUAUAAUUGAACUGCUGGGAAUUCCAAUUGAUACGACUUCAGAUAUGGAUGCACAGAUGGAACAAAUGUUGAUUUCCUUCACCCUUAAGGAGGCAAAGUGCGCAAUCCAACUCCGAUGUUACAAGCAAGCAGCUGUCUACUACAGAGAGGUGCUGAAUCAGGAUGCGGCAAACGUGGAAGCCCAGGAACAAAUAACGCUGUUGGAGGAACUUUCUGAACAUUCGUCAAUAGUAGACACCGACGCAAUGCACCGAGGCUUUAAGGAAGUCCCACCUGAAUACGAGCCAUUACUAGAGGACCUCAUGGGUGGUACCAUUCGAGCGUAUGCUUAUUCACCGAGACGGAAGAAUGAAAAUUCGUAUACUGGAAGCGUUCUUUUCCUCCCUCAUGUGCAACUAUCAGCACAGCAGGCAAACGCCAGUCAAGUUCCUUCCACUCCCAGUACUAGUACUACUACAUCAGGUAUAAGUAGUCCCGCCUGUGCUACACAACCUACGAGCGCCACGGCUAGCGGCAACGCAGCUCAAAGAUCUCCGAUACUGAGGACGGACAGGGGUUUCAUCUUUAGAUGCUUCGGGCCAUCGCCCACGAACUGAAUUAAUGGGAUCAUUAAUCAGUGCUCGCCUUUAAGGCACAUGUUCUCCCUCCAAUCUCCGUGCAGCUUAAUGGACGUUGGUGAAGAACUUAACGCAUGCUAGUAUAUCACCAUAUAUAUAAAUAAGUUGGGACCAGAAGUGAAUGACCAGGCCGGGCACUUGCAAGGGCUAGUAUUGUAAUAAUAACAUAUUUUUAUUAUCAUACUCAUGACGUUAAUUGAUCCUUUUGUUUAAAGUAAUU